AUGUCAGCAGCAGCAGCAACAACAACAACAACAACAACAACAACAACACAAAAUGCUGCUUCGGCGGCAGCGCAAAAGCGACAGCUUACCGAGCAAGAAGCAGCACAAGUAUACCAAUCACGAAGAUCAGAACUUCAAGGAAUCGCUUCCAAGAUCGGAGAGCUUGAAGGCGAGGCUGAUGAACACAAGCUGGUAAUCGACACACUGAGCGAAGCAUCAAAGGAUGACCCCGACCGCAAAUGUUUCCGACUCAUCGGUGGUGUGUUGGUGGAAAGGACGGUUAAGGAAGUACUCCCUGCGCUACAGACUAAUUUGGAAGGCCUCAAGCAAAUCUUGGAAACAUUGCUCAAGCAGUACAAGCAAAAGGAGACUGAACUGCAAGAGUUUCAGCGCGAAUACGCUAGCUAG